AUGGCCAGCCAUAAUGCCCUACUGAGUGGUAUAGAUCUGCAGUGCUAUGAGAAUAACCACGCUCACCGCACUGAGGAGAUGGACAUGGUGCGACUGCUGGUGCGCAGAGGUCAGCCAUUCUCUGUAAUACUGCAGUGUACUGACCACAUCCCACGGCUCCCAGACCACCAACUCAACCUCAUACUACACCUGGGUAAGAAUAAUGAGGUGGUCUUGAAGCUGUCAGACUCAGAGCAGGAUCAUGGGAAAUGGUGGUUCAGUCAGUGUAAUGCUCAGGGUGAGGUGAUGCUGACUCUCCACAGCCCUGCUGAUGCUCCUGUGGGUCUGUACAGCAUGACUGUAGUUCUGCUCUCAGCUGAUGGGCAGAUCCUGGAGCAAACCAAGUCUCAGACCUUCUACCUGCUUUUCAAUCCUUGGUGCAAAGAUGACUCUGUGUACCUUCCCAGUGAGGAACUGCUGCAGGAGUACAUUUUAAAUGAAAAUGGGAUCUUGUACCAGGGCUCAUGGGAUGAUAUCACCACUGUGCCUUGGAACUUUGGACAGUUUGAAAAAGAUGUGGUGGAUAUUUGCUUUGAAGUGCUGGACAAUUCACCAGCAGCCCUGAAAAAUUCAGAGAUGGACAUUGCUAACAGAGGAAGCCCUGUUUAUGUUAGCAGGACUAUUACUGCCAUGGUGAAUGCUAAUGAUGAUCGCGGGGUGGUAUCUGGCCGCUGGGAUGGAGAGUACAGUGAUGGGGUAGCACCCACACGGUGGACUGGCAGUGUGCCCAUCCUGAGGCGCUGGAGUGAGGGUGGAGGACAGAAAGUGCGCUAUGGGCAGUGCUGGGUGUUCACAGGAGUGGCCUGCACAGUCCUCCGCUGUCUUGGCAUUCCAACCAGAUGCAUCACAAAUUACUCAUCUGCUCAUGACACUGAUGCAAACAUUUCUGUGGAUUACCUUUUCAAUGAUCAACUUGAAAGUGUGUCUGAAGGCAGGAAGGACUCUAUCUGGAAUUACCACUGUUGGGUUGAGUCCUGGAUGAAACGUGAUGACCUCCCAGAAGGUUAUGAUGGAUGGCAGGUACUAGACCCUACUCCUCAAGAAAGGAGUGAUGGAGUCUUCUGCUGUGGGCCUUGUCCAGUCCAUGCGGUCAAGGAGGGAGAAGUGGGGUUGAAGUACGACACCCCAUUUGUGUUUUCUGAGGUGAAUGCUGAUCUGGUUGUCUGGAUUGUUCAUCCAGAUGGGGAACGGAUUCAGGUGUCCCAAAACAGUAAAGUUAUAGGGCGGAACAUUAGCACUAAAAGUGUGUAUGGAGACUUCACAGAGGACAUUACUGCUAACUACAAAUAUCCUGAAGGAUCUAUGAAGGAGCGAGAGGUUUAUAAAAAGGCUGGCAGACAAGUGGGCCAAAAGAACGAAGGCCCAGGACAGCUCGAGCUUUUCAUCAAGCAUGCCCCAGCUAUCCACGGGACAGACUUUGAUGUGAUCAUAGAGGUGUAUAAUGCUGGUAGUGAGGACACAGAUGCACAGCUUACAGUCACAUCGAACGCAAUAACCUACAAUAGUAUCCACCGCGGAGAGUGCCAGAGAAAGACAACCUCUCUCACAGUGCCAGCUCACAAAGCUCACAAAGAAGUAUUGCGACUUCAGUAUGACCAUUAUGGGGCAUGUGUGUCUGAACAUCACAUGAUAAGGGUCACAGCCCUCCUCCAACCCACUGAUCAAGACAACAUCAUCCUACAAGAAAUCAACAUCCCCUUGAAAAUGCCAGCGCUUCAUAUCAAGAUUAUUGGAAAAGCGAUUGUAUCACGUAAACUGACAGCACACAUCUCCUUCACCAAUUCCUUGCCUGUUAGUCUACAAGGAGGUGUGUUUACCGUGGAGGGAGCAGGACUUACAGAGGCGAAAGAAAUAAAAACACAUGGUAAGAUUGAACCUGGUCAGGCUGUGACAGUUAAAUUCUCCUUCAAGCCCACCCGUGCUGGCCUGAGAAAACUGCUUGUCGACUUUGACUCAGACAGACUGAGAGAUGUAAAAGGAGAAGCCACUGUUAUUGUUCGGACAAAAAUGCAAAAUAGGAAUGCUGUCCCAGAAAUCUAG